GAGAAAGAAGGAAAAGAAGAAGAAGAAGAAGAAGAAGAAGAAGAAGAAGGAAAAGAAGAAGAAGCUGCCAUUGCAAAGUGUGCUCUCCUUUCGUGGUUCUCCUUGUUAUCGUCGCUCGUGUUCGUGGCUCAGAAACCUCGAAGGAAAACAGCCGCGGAAGAUGAUUUGAAGAUAGACAUAACGGUACGAUAACGGUAUACCAACGUCAGGAAGACCGGCUCUCGUGAGGAUCGCUCUGAUCCACUUUAAUCCGCUCCGUUCCACGAUUCGCUCGGCUCCGCGUGCAUCUGAUGAGCGAGGAGGUGGUAGACGUCGGUGAUUAUGCGCGUAAUGAGUAAUCCUAUAAAGCCCGUUGGGAUCGCAGCAGCCGCCAUCGCAGUGUUUCACGAGCGUCAUGUAAUAUGGAAUUAAACAAUGUUGUUAAGACGUAAACAUGUUCUGGCUACACUGUGGACUCUUUGUUCUCGUGAUUGCCGUACCUGGAUUUAUUAGCAGCUUAGCCGACACCACGUCCAAGCGAGAAGCCGACUACACCUUAGAUGAUUCCUUUUGGAACGAAGAAACUCCCGUUGGUGAGGUCGAACGACUACUACGCGAAUAUCGACAAAACCAGGAGCUAGUACGAAAUAUCGGCGGCCAUUUCUAUCAGAUCAUCUAUCCGGUGCAGCUACGGCAUCACGAGAAAAUGGGGAUAUCCACGAGAGAAGUCGGCGUCUCGAAGUAUCCUCAAAGAGGUUACGGAGACGGAGGAUAUCAAAAUUCUAGAGGCAGAAUGAGAACAGGGAGGCACUUUCAUCGGACGUCCCUAUUGAUCAAGGCCUUUAAUCACAAAUUUCGCCUAGAUUUAGAAUUAAAUACGCAACUUUUAGCUCCGAACCUUAUUCAGAAAGACUUUUUAGAUAACGACGCGGAACAAAUGUCUAAGCAGGAGAUAGAACAUUGUUAUUAUCACGGCACUGUGAGGGAUUAUCCAGGGGCUAGCGCUGCUUUUCACACGUGUAACGGUGUCAGCGGUGUCAUUCAUUUAGGCAACGAGACUUUCGUCAUUCAUCCGUUCUACGGCGGCGAUUUGUCGCAGAAACAUCCUCACAUUAUAUUUGAAGCCCGAACAAAAGCUAACAAAGGCUGCGCUAACUCGGGAAAUCUUGAGUGGCGUGUAAAGAGCCGCCGGCAGAAGCACACCCGCGGGCUAUCAGAGACCACUUCCGAUCGAUACAAAAGAGACGUCCGUGAAGCAAUCAAAUACAUCGAAACUGCCAUCAUUAUCGAUAAAGCCAUGUUCGACAAAAGAAACGGUAGCACCAGAGCCGAGGUUGUUCACGAUGCCAUCCAAGUCGCUAAUAUCGCAGAUUUGUAUUUCCGUACGAUAAACACUAGAGUCUCCGUCGUAUACAUCGAAACUUGGAAGGGCAGCAACCAGGCGCAAAUCGAUAAAGGCAUGGAAAUCGAUCUCGCCUUGUUAAACUUUAACGAUUAUGUGAUGCGGAGAAUGUAUCAAGUUGCUCAGGACACCACUCAGUUGCUCACGGGUGAGACGUUCGCAGGCGGAGAAUCCGGAGUGGCGAUACCCGCGACCGUGUGCAGCCAGAAAUCUGUAGGAAUCAGCGUCGAUCUGAACACUUAUGAGCCUCAUCUCUUGGCGGGUACCAUGGCUCACAUGAUCGGUCACAAUAUCGGCAUGAGCCACGACGAUGGAAAGAAUGACUGCAACUGCCGCGAUUGGCACGGAUGCAUCAUGGCUCAAUCCAUCGUCGGUCUGGAGAACGUUCAGCCGUACAAGUUUUCCGAGUGCAGUAAAACGGAGUAUAUAGAAACCUUGAAGAGCGGCCACGCCUUUUGCCUUUUUAACAAGCCAAACGAGUUGGAGGUCAGGAGAUCAUGCGGUAACAGGGUAAUCGACGACGGGGAACAAUGCGACUGCGGAUCGAUCGACGAGUGCCACGAGCUCGAUCCUUGUUGCGAUCCCAUCACCUGCAAAUUGACGACGGAGGCCGAAUGCGCGACCGGCCCUUGUUGCAGCGAUUGCAAGCUCCGAGCUCGCGGUGUCGUUUGCCGCGAGUCGACGAACGAGUGCGAUCUACCGGAAGUGUGCUCCGGCGACACCGGCCAGUGUCCACCGGACGUCUAUAAGAAGAACGGUAACCCGUGCUCAAACAACGCCGGCCACUGUUUCAACGGGGUGUGCCCAGCUUUGGAUCUGCAGUGCGAGCAGGUCUGGGGUUACGGCGGAAUCGCCGCUGACAAGCAGUGCUUCGAGCAAUUCAAUUCCAAGGGCUCCAUCAACGGCCACUGCGGCACCGACGCGACCGGUCACUUGAUCAAGUGCGAGGCCGAGAACGUUCGUUGCGGAUCCCUUCAGUGUCAGCAAGGAAGCAAGCAACCGAUUAUCGAUGGGAUGAAAGACUUUUAUUCCCGAACUAUAAUUUCCAUCAAGAGCCAGGAAUACGAGUGCAAAGCGACGACCGGGAAAGUGGACGGACCGGAUAUGCCAGGGUUGGUCCGUGAUGGUACAUCGUGCGGUGACAAUUUGAUUUGCGUGAAUCAGACAUGCACUAGCUUGUUUCCACACAUUGAUCAAGAGAAAUGCCCGAGUAACCACGACAACAGCGAAUGCUCCGGAAAUGGCGUGUGUACGAACGUCAACAAGUGUUAUUGUUUUCCCGGUUGGAGCGGGCCGGACUGUUCCAUAGAGCAAUAUAUCCCGACGGUGACGCCGACGACACCUAGCGUCGAAGUAGUCAGUAAAGCUGAUCCGAAACUGGAGAAGAAAGAGACCCCCUACGAGAACUACCACGGCUCUAAUACUGUAUUUUUAGUUGGUAUGCUCAUGUCGGUGGUAGGGGGUGUUUUCGUAGUAUUUGCUCUGAUGGCUCUCUGCUACAGGUCAGUCGUAGUACAUAAAAACUUCUCCCUCUGUCUCAGAAGAAAGGGCACCGUCCAGAAGUAUGACCCGCCAUACUCAAAGAAGCCGCCGCAGAAGAGCUACAGCGGCGUUUCUGGCAAUCAUCAUGCGGAAGCCGCGGCGCUGGACACCGUCAACAAGAUCCUUACCUUCGGCAGAAUGCCUCAAUACAGCCGCGGCGAGACCCAGCGCGUGCUGUUUCGACCCCCGAAUAACGUCGCCGCCACCGACGGGCCAAGAGUCAAGGAGCAUAAACAGCAGGAGGAGGAAGAUGGAGGUACGGGAGCAGAGGAGGUUGUCUCUUUCAUUGAUCUUCCACCAAACAAUCACACAAAGUUGCCUGAGAAGGGAAUUUUAAAGAAACACGGUGGUUACGGACUAAGUAGCGGCGGAUUCGACGUGCAAAGGACCCUGAAUCAAUUGAACAGCUACCACGACAACGUACUCGAGGUGCUGAAGAACGCAGCGAGCCGCGGUGAUUCCGGUACUCCUUCGGGCAGCGGAAAUCUGGACGAAGACGCCUUGCGCAAAUCAUUGGCCGAGUGCGGCUAUCCCGACAUGUAUCGCAAGGACACCGACGGCCAGGACAAUGGCAUCGACAACCAGGAGGACGAAGAGGAAGAUGAGGAGCUGCAACCGCCGUGCGGCACCAUCCGUAUACGUAAUCUCGAGGAUAUCAUUCGUCAGCUCGAGCAUCAUACUGCGAGAUACAUGACUGGCCAGAUGAGUCCGAGUGGAUCCGAGGAGAUUCGAAUAUCCGAGGGCGAGCCGGAUCGACACUACAGAAUCGAUUCUUCCGUCUGUAGCGAGUCGUCUCAAGGAAGCAGAAGAUGUAGCCGCGGCCGCGACGAGGACGCUAGUAGAUUCGUCUACGGUAGAUACCGUCAGCCGACAUCCCGAAGUCCUUACGGCAACCAUCAACACACCCAUCAACACUCCCAUCAAAUGCACGAGGAGGAGGGUAUCUAUGAAACUGCCGACCCUGACAGAGGCUCAAAUACUAGGGGUGAAACACCCGAUUGUGAAAGUGAUGCAUUUAUUCAAGCUCAACAACAAGUAGCCCGGUGGACUAGUGAGGAUGGAGUGCAGCACCGGCCGCCGCAGCAGCCACCCCCGCCGCCUUCGAUGCAGCUGCCGGUGCAGGAACAGGCGCAGCAGAAGGCGCAACAGCAGCCGCAGCAGCAGCAGCCGCAGCAGCAGCAGCAGCAGCAGCAACAGCAACAGCCGCAGCAGCAGCCGCAGCCGCAGCCGCAGCAGCAGCAGCAGCAGCAACAGCAACAGCAACAGCAACACCAACUGCCGGUGGAACAACUGCCAAUCAAACAGCGUGGCUAUUAUCCACCCCCCCCUCAAACAGACAAAAAUCUCGACAGCAACGCCGAGGUCGAAUAUGCUCAAACCCAGCAACAACAGCAACCGCUAAGCGAAGUUCGUGGAAUCGAUGUUAAUCACAUGCCUAACAUUAACAAAUGCCCACUAGACGAUUACUUUAGUCUAGAUUGUAACAUAAUGAAUAAUGGUUCCCCUCAAGAAUUAACUACCAACAACACUAGUGAUAACGAAAAUACUGCCCUACUGCCCCCCACGCAUUUUCCUGAGUACAAGCAUUGAUACUUAAUUAAUCGAUGACAGAUAGUGUCCGAGGGAAAAUAAGAGGAACAAGUCGAGGGAUGAAGAGAGGG